ACGAAGAGCUUAGCUCUCUAUCUAAUCUGAACCGCAUUACAUACGAGGUGUCUAGCAUUCUAACAAGCCUUACCUACAUAGGUAACGUGAAUCCACGCUUCAGUAUAGUAAACAAAACAUCCGAAAUAAAAAUAUUGAUGCUCUUGUUGGGGCACCUCAAGGGGGAGAACUUUGGCUUGUUUCCAUUUGGCGUCAGUGUAGAACUGUGAGUCGAUCCUCAUUCAAAAUAUUCAUAUUGGUGCAUUGAAUUCUCCCAAAGGAAGAUUAGUGUUCUGCAUUUGAUGGCUCUGGGCAGAAUGCAAAUUACAAGACAGCAAUUUAAGCGGUCGAACGAUGACGAAAAGAGCGAAGAAGAGCCAAGCGUUUGGCACGAUUUGGAGCAGCUGAUCAACCUCGGUGGCACCCAUCUGGCCUGGCUGGUGUCGAUUGGAUUGACCUUAGUGCUGUUGAUCUUUCUGGUCACCGGAUUCCUGCUGGCGACCGCAAUACUAAUGACAACAUUCUACUUCUUCAUUAACGAGCAUCAUCAGCGGCUGCAACAGCAGCAAUUGAUGCACCAAACCGAUUCGCUGCUGCCCGGAAUGGAGUUCAGCUGACCGAAUUCUCUUUCUAAUAUGACGAUUACGUGUGUGUGGCGCGUAAUUGCAUUUGUGCUUUGACGACUUUUGAGCGUGCGUGUGAGACAAUAAAACCAUCUAUAGACGGACGACCCAACUCAGGAAAUUUGUGAUUAAAAUUAUAGAACUGUU